GGCUUAGCUGGACCAGAAGGUAACCCAGGUCCUAAGGGUGUAAGAGGUUUCAUUGGACCUCCAGGUGUGGCAGGACAGCCAGGACCUGAAGGAGAAAGGGGUUUUGUUGGUGGUGUUGGUCCUCCUGGAUUUCCAGGGCUAAGAGGAGGCAUUGGGCCAGCAGGACCAAGCGGACCAUCAGGAAUUCCAGGGCCCAUGGGUCUCCCAGGGAGUGUGGGACAGCCUGGAAUGAAAGGUGAUAAGCAACUUUGUCAGGCUUCUGAGUCUCUUAAAAUGCAGCAGGGUGCUCUUGGUUUACCAGGACCCCCAGGGAUCAGAGGAAAGGCAGGACCCCCAGGGAAAAUUGGAGAUCCUGGAUCCCAGGGACCGUUGGGUCCUCCAGGACCUGAGGGUUUUCCAGGAGAUAUUGGUGUACCUGGAUUAAAUGGCCCUGAAGGUCCAAAGGGACUUCUGGGUGACCGAGGACCUCCAGGCCCACAAGGCCCUAAAGGACUUGAGGGAAAGCCAGGACAGAAAGGUUAUGUAGGUGAUCCUGGACCAGAAGGGUUGAAGGGAGAACAAGGAGAUCAAGGAAACCUUGGAAAAACUGGUGAAGCAGGAUCAGCUGGCUUACCUGGAGAAACUGGGCCAUCUGGAAGCCUUGGUGAAAAGGGACAGCGAGGCAGUCCAGGACCAGUAGGUCCUCCUGGAGAGAAAGGUGUCAUGGGCUACCCAGGACCUCCAGGUGCCCCUGGACCUGUGGGGCCAGAAGGAUUACCUGGGCCAAGAGGUCUAGACGGUCCUCCAGGAGAAGCAGGAGCACAGGGCAUCAAGGGUAAAGCUGGAAAUCCAGGAGAAAGAGGAGAUCAGGGUGCACUGGGUUUGCUUGGGCCUCCUGGAACCACAGGAGACAGGGGACCAAUGGGAGAGCCAGGUCCAAGAGGACAACCAGGAGAGGCAGGCCCUAUUGGCGAAAUGGGUAUUGAGGGACCUCCUGGCCCUGAAGGAGAACCUGGCCUGCAGGGAGAACCAGGUGCAAAGGGAGACAUUGGACCUGCUGGGAAAGCUGGAGAACCAGGUGACCAAGGUUUCAGGGGUGAACCAGGACCUCCAGGAGAAGAUGGCAUUCAAGGAAAAGAUGGCCCAAAGGGAGACCCUGGAGACCAGGGACUUCUUGGAGAAGGUGGUGAAAAAGGAGAGAUGGGAUUACCAGGAAUUGCUGGACCCCCUGGAAUUAAACACAUCAUGAGAGCAGUUGCCACAGACAACUCAGAGAGUGCAGGUGGAGAGAAAUGGCAGCAAGCAUACACAGGUCAAACAGGCCCCGAAGGGACACCAGGAAAUCCAGGUCAGCGGGGCCGUUUAGGAAAGAAGGGGGAAAAGGGUCAGCUUGGCCCCCCUGGAGAAAUUGGACCUGCUGGUGACCCUGGCCAACCUGGAGAAACUGGUCCCAAAGGUGCAAGAGGAACUCAAGGCCCCUUGGGAUACUUGGGAGGAAUGGGACCUGAAGGAGAGUCAGGAAUUCCAGGUUAUGGGGGUCACCAAGGUGCUCCAGGGCCUUCAGGACCCCCAGGACCUAAAGGAGAAAAGGGUUACCCAGGUGAAGACAGUUCAGUCCUUGGACCACCUGGGCCCAUAGGUGAACCAGGUCCUAGUGGUGAACGUGGAGACAGAGGAGAACCUGGUGAUGAGGGUUACAAGGGUCCUAUAGGUCUUCCAGGGCUUAGAGGACCUAUUGGACAACAAGGGUCUCCAGGAGAGCCAGGUGAAUUGGGAGAUCAGGGACCAAAAGGAGAAAGAGGUUCAGAAGGACCCACAGGGAAGAAAGGAGCAACGGGUCAAGCAGGCAAACCUGGAAUUCCUCAUCGAUUUCCGAAUGUACAGUACAGAGUAUCUAGUAAAAUAAAAGCUGAAAAGGGAAAACCGGGGCCAGCAGGCAAGAAAGGAGCAGUUGGGUACCCUGGACCAGAAGGCGUUCUUGGGAAUCCAGGCAAGCCUGGGCUAUCUGGGAAGCCUGGCCCUAAGGGUAACAAAGGAAACUCGGGCUUGCCGGGUCUCGCAGGUUAUCCUGGAGCUCGAGGUCCCAAGGGAUUGCCGGGCAUGCCAGGACCCAUGGGAGCACCAGGACUAAAGGGUGAGAAAGGGCUUCUGGGUCAUCCAGGAAAGCGAGGCAAAAGAGGCUUUCCAGGAUCACAAGGUGAUCAAGGACGAGCAGGAGAUGCUGGACUGAAAGGACAGGCUGGUCCUGCAGGGGACAUUGGCUUAGUUGGAAUUCUGGGCCCGAAAGGUCCAACAGGCCAAGUUGGAUAUAUUGGCCCUGUUGGUCAAGAAGGCGUAACAGGCCCAACUGGCAGGCCUGGGCCUCGGGGACCUCAGGGUCAGCCAGGACCACCUGGACCACCUGGACCACCAGGAUCCAGAAAACAAGUGGACAUCAAUGCUGCUGUUCAAGCUUUGAUUGAGUCAAAUGCUGCACUGCAGAUGGAGAAAUACCAGAAUACUGAAGUAACUUUGCUAGAUCACAGCACAGAGAUACUCAAAACGCUGCACUACCUUAGCAAUUUACUGCACGGCAUCAAGAACCCUCUUGGCACUCGGGAUAACCCAGCACGCAUCUGCAGGGAUUUGCUUAACUGUGAACGUAAAGUGUCAGAUGGAAAAUACUGGAUAGACCCAAAUAUUGGAUGUCCUUCUGAUGCCAUUGAAGUUUUCUGCAACUUCACUGCAGGUGGUCAGACAUGUUUAACUCCGCUGUCUGUGACAAAGCUGGAGUUCGGCGUUGGAAAAGUGCAGAUGAACUUCCUUCAUUUACUGAGCUCAGAAGCAACCCAUAGCAUCACAGUUCAUUGUCUGAACACACCGAUGUGGGGAUUAAGUAAAGCAGGUGGCCAGAAAAUGUCUGUUAGCUUCAAAGGAUGGAAUGGUCAAAUAUUUAAAGCAAAUACGCUGCUUGAACCGAAGGUGCUUAUGGAUGAAUGCAUGAUGGAAGAUGGCAGCUGGCAUAAGACACAGUUCUUUUUUCACACUCAGGACACUAAUCAGCUUCCAGUCAUUCAAGUUAACGCACUUCCUCAUCUCAAACCAGGACAGCAGCACUUCAUAGAAGGCGGUUCAGUGUGCUUCCUUUAAGGUUUCUGUCCUGGGAGGUUUUUUUGCAUCAACAUGGAAUUGCUGCAUAGAUUAAAUGCAGAAGUAAUGAUCCAUUACAGGCAAAAUAACUAGGAAAUUGAAGAAUCGUUUUAAAUGGUGUUGGUUAAAGAACCUCAGGAAGAA